GUUGAAAAAUUAAUAGAAGAUGAAAAACUAACUCAUGAACCGGAAAUAUUAUCUAAAGAAUCUUUGACAAAUGAUAAUUCUAAAUGGGUUGGCUUAUAUAAGAUAACAUAUUUAGACCAGAAUGGAAAAAAAAGGUUCUGGGAAAGCGUAGAAAGAAAAACAAGAACCACAAACGAAAUAGAUGCUGUAGGCAUAGUUCCACUAUUAAAAUCAAAGGAUUCAAACACAACAAAAACAAUACUUUGUAUACAAUUUCGAUUAGUUGAGAAAGAUGAAGCGCCAGAACAAGCAGCCUUGCGUGAAUUAUAUGAAGAAACAGGAUACAAGGGCAAAGCGAUAACUAAUGUUUCAACUAGUAUGUUUAAUGAUGCAGGAAUAACUAAUACUAAUAUGAAAUUGGUUUUCAUUGAGGUUGAUUUAGAUGAUGAAAUUAAUAAAAAUCCAAUUCCAAAACUUGAAGAGGACGAAUUUAUUAAUAUAUUGCUAGUUGAUUUAAAAGAUCUUUAUUCAACUUUACAAGAGGCAAUUGAUAAUUUUAAUUACAAGUUUGCAUUACAACAAUGUAACAAAAUACUUAAAAAACAACCAGAAGCUUUAAUAGUAAAGACUUUGAAAGGUUUAGUGUUAGAAAGAACUGGUAAACAAGAUGAAGCCUUAAAAUUGUGUGAACAAGUUAAAGAAAAGAAUCCAAUUGAUGAAGCAGUAUUGCAAGCACUUACCUUGGUUUAUCUUUCUAUGGGAAAAAAUGAAGAAAUUGUAAAAAUUUAUGAAAAUGCUACACAAAAAAAUCCUAAUAAUGAAGAAUUGGGAAAUCAUUGGUUUAUGGCCAUGGUUCGUAGUAGCAAUUAUAAAGGACAACAACAUGCAGCAUUAAAAUUACAUAAAACAUUCAAUUCAAAUAAAUAUUUAUUUUGGGCAAUUAUGAGCUUGGUAUUACAGUCAGAAAAUAUACAGCCUAAUCAAAUAAACAUUUUCAUGCCUUUGGCUGAAAGAAUGAUGUUGAAAGCAGUAAAUGAAGGAAAAGUGCAAAACACUGAAGAGGUGCAUUUAUAUUUGAUUAUAUUAUUGGCACAAAAUAAGUUUAAAGAGGUUCUUGAUGUUUUAGAAGGUGAUCUUGGUCAAAGAUGUAAAGAUGAUAUUGAAAUUAUUAGAAUAAAAAAUGAAUUAUUUAUUAAAACUGAAAAUUGGAUGAAAUCCAAUGAGAUGAGUAAGGAAAUAUUAAGUAAAACGAAUAUUGAUGAUUGGAUUGCUUAUAAAACAUUUUUGGAUUCUCAUUUAAAACUUAUUGAAGAACAAAAGAAUAACGAUAAAUGUACUGACAGUCUAACUUUGAGUGAUGCACGCGAGUUCAUUUAUUCCUUGCAAAAAAAGGAUUCGGAAUCGUCUGUACCUAAACGAGGCCCAUUUUUAGCCGAGUUGGAAUUGGAACAUCUAAUUUCCAAGAAAGAAAAUUCCGGUGAACUUGCAAAAGUUAUGAUAGAUAUGUUGGUUAAUUAUUUCCGCAAGUUUGGGUCAAAAGCUUGUUGUUUUGAAGAUUUACAACCAUAUUUGAAAAAUAUUUCAAAAGUAUCUGCAACAAUGAUUAUUGGUGAAUUUAAAACAACGCUUAUUGAUAGUCAUGACGAAAAAGAGAGUAUUAAAAAUAUUCAAAUAAAUGUGAAUAUUUGUAAAUUUGAAAGGUAUUUUGGGUUACUUUUAGAUUUAAGCGAAUCAGAAUUGAUUACAUAUAUAAAUAAAUUAUGGAAGUUGUAUCAAGAUUCACUUAAAUUUGGUACUAAUUUACCAGAAACAGAAAAGCAACACGGUGACGAUUUUGCUAUAUUGGCAUCUCAUGCUCUUAUUGAUUUGUAUCUUAAGUAUCGCGUAUUCCAAAGACCGUUAGAAUUGUAUAGAUUGAUGGACAUUAAGCAUGUCCAGCUUGAUACAUUGAGUCAUUAUAUCUUGGCAAGAUGUCUUUCUUUUGGAUUUUAUGAAGAGGCAAACCUACUGUAUGUUGACACACUUUCUAUAUAUAAAAACAAUGAAUUAAAGACACCUGAAAUGGUAAUUCAUGCAUAUAAAUUUUCCACUUUUUCCAAAAUUCAAGAAUUUAUUGAAUUUCAAAAAAGACUGGAAAAUUCUAUACAAAAGGCUAUUGUUGAUAGAGAAAAAGUAAGAUUGGAAAAUAUCAUUGUUGGACCUAAAGAUUUGAAUAAACGAAUUGGUGAAUUAAAUAUAUUGGAUUUAAAAUUUGACGAUUCGUAUUGCAAAUCACUUUAUGAUAACAGAGAUUUUUCGGUUAUGAUUAAUUGUAAUCCUCCGGAUCAAAAAUCAAUCGAAGAAUUAAUAAGAUCAUCGCCAAAUAAUGAUGAUAAUUAUUCAUUUUUUUAUUUUCAACGAAAAGAAUUAAAUCAACAAGUAACUUUAAAAAUAGAAGAACUCACAUCUCAAGUCAAUGAAUUGUUGACAAAUAAGGAAAAAGUUAGUAUUGAAAAAUCAUUAUCUAGGAACAUUAAUAAAUAUUCAUCGACAUUAGAGAUUCAAUCAUUACAAAAUUUUACAUCGGAACGUAUACGAGAAAAACUUCAAAGUUUUCAAUCGAAAUUAAACAAUUUAAAAACUGAAUUGAAAGGUGAUAAGGUUCAAAAAUUAUUAUUUUCUACAGUGAUAAAAAAUGAGAAUAGCAAUGAUAACAUUUUGGAAUUUUGUUUGGACAAGAAAAAUGAACCAUUUAUUAAAAGUGUACUAUCGCGAAUAGGGACUAGUUGGUCAACAAGUAUUCAAAACAUUAUAAAAGAAUUAGAAUUAAAAAUUAAAAGUUGUUAA